GCUGAGCUGUAAUGGGAACUCUGGACCUGUAGGUGGAGGAGCUGCUCCAAUCUGUCUCCUCGACCUCUGAGUGAAUCAGUGAAGUAGACUCGCAUGAGGAAGUGUUGUGGAGAUCGAUCUUUCCUGAAGCUAACAGCGAUUUAAAGGCUCGGUGGCUGGGUACUAUGGAGACUUCAGAUCCAGGCCCAGCAGAUGGAGAGGAGCGCCCCAGGACCCGCUCCAACCCUGAGGGAGCGGAGGACAGACGCAGCAGCAACGGCAGUUUAAACAGCACUCCGCCGCCCCAGCCUGCAGUGGGCAGUCGAGUAGAGGGUGAAGGUGAGGCCUCCAGUACUGAUAGUCCUCCAAGUUCCACAUCCACAAUCACCACGACCGUCCCUGCCCCAACUGCGGCCGUUGCAGCCACCACUACAGCCAGCGUGACUGCUCCAGUGACUGCAGCAAAAGACAGGCCUAAAUCCACCCAGCCCUCUGUGCCGCCACAAAUUCCUCCACCUGCAGAGCUCCAGAUACGAGCACCAAGAGUCAACUGCCCUGAAAAAGUAAUAAUCUGUUUGGAUUUAUCAGAGGAGAUGUCACUGCAGAAACUGGAGUCCUUCAAUGGAUCCAAGACAAAUGCCCUCAAUAUCUCCCAGAAAAUGAUUGAGAUGUUUGUGAGAACAAAGCAUAAAAUAGACAAAAGACACGAGUUUGCCUUGGUGGUGGUAAAUGAUGAUGCCUUAUGGUUAUCAGGCUUCACCUCUGACCCACGGGAGUUAUGCAGCUGUUUAUAUGACCUGGAAACAAAUGUCUGCGAAUCCUUCAACCUGGAAGAUCUUCUCAAUGUAAUUCUCCAGAAGAUUGAGCUUCCAUUGAUGGACAACAUUCAGACGAUUCCACCUCCUUUCGUGGUUCGUACUCUCCUCAUCUACAGUCGGCAUGCAGGUCAGCUGCAGUUCAACCCGUCAGAUGCCGUCAGUAAGAUGCUUCGCUCCCCUUAUUUCUUCUUUGAUGUCAUUUACCUUCACAAUGGAGCAGAAGAACAAGUGGACGACAACAGCUGGAGGGAUAUAUAUGCAUCCUUCUCUAAUCUGGACUCUAAAGGGAUGUGCUACCGCUUUGAAGUGUCGCUGUGUGGCCCUGCCAUCGAGCUUUACAACUGUAUGGCAAAGCUGCUAUGCCAUCCACUGCAAAGGCCCUUCCAAAGUCAUGCCUCCUACAGCCUGCUAGAGGGCGAUGAUCCACAAGAGAUAGAGGCCACAGUCUAGGUCAGAUAUUCAGUCCUGGAUCCUGGAGUAGCCCUGUUUUCAUGUUUCGGAGUUUUCCUGGUCCUUAUCUAAAUAAUCAGCUAAUUAUCAAAUCCUUCCUGAGUUGAGGGGGGUAAAGAGAAAGCAGGAAAACACUAAAACGUGCAGGGCAGUGGUGUUCCAGGGACCAGGGUAGAUACAUUGCAUGUAGAGCAAUGCUGAUGGGUUCCAGGCGAGAGGUAAGGGUGUGCCAACAAACCUGCCGAGCGUUGCCUUCUAUCACCCCCUAGCACCUAAUGAUGAACACUGAACGAAGAGGAAGCUGAAGGAAAAGCUUUUUAAUGAGAAGGAUCACUUGAACGAAAGGAUCUUUGUCUGUGGACUGCAAUGGACUUUCUGUAGCUUUGAGCUUUUUUUCAGAUUAUCUCAGUACUUUUUUUUGUGUUCCUGUUUUUAUGUUCUUGUCUUAUGUUGGUUUAUUUGUUCAUUGAGUAAUGGAGCAAACUUAAUUAGUUUUUUUUUUGUUAAAUAGUUGAUAUGAAUGAUAUGAUACCCCUGAUAUGAAUGUUCACCUUAUAAUUGUGGAGGAAAAAAUCCCCCAAAUUAAACCCUAAAUAUUAAUUAUUGAACGUUAUGCUGAUCAGAAGAUGUUAAGAAAUGAUGUAGUGUGAAUGUUAUUAUAAUUUCAUUUCCAGUCUAAACAGCCUUAAGUUAUUCACUUUGAAGAAGAUACUUCUGAGGAGAUUAGUUAGGUCAUAAGGAAGAGCAUAGCAUAAGGAAGGGGGAUGUCAAAUGAUAACAGAUGAAAAUCUUUCCAGACCUGGAGUUCAGAAAGCAUUAAAAGAUAUAGAGAAAAUGAGUCCUAGCAGCUGUGCAAGACCACCAAAACUGUCAGCAUUAGAGCAACAGAACUUUUAUCUUUGAGAAAUCAAAGGCAGAUAUUAAAGUGCAUAGAUGUUAUGGGUCUGAAAGGAUGUGUAGCUGUCGACUGAGACAAAACUGAACAACAUUUGCAAACUAAACAAAAGUGCUGGUGUUCUCAAAACAAAAGACCGUCCAGUCCAGAGUCCAUAAUGUGUUAGGGGUUACUUGGAUUGUGAGAAGCGGAAAAUACAACCAAUGUCUAAGACUAAAAUUUGGAGAUAUGCAAAUAUCCCUGCAGAUUUCUUUGAAAAGCUGAAAGCGAGACUAUUAAAAAGAAUGGAAGCUGUAAUAAAGGCAAAGAGUGGAUGCAUCAAAUUCUUAAUGCAGAAAAUUGAAUUUCUUACAGCCGUUUUGACUGGAAAUUAUAUAUAUAUGAAGGGUGGUCUCAGUGUAGGAGCUCUUGGGGAAAUAUUUAUAAUAAAUUAUAAAACUAAACAUGGAACACACUGAAUUUCAUACCUACUUUUUGUUGUAUAUUUUCAUUCAGCCAUGACUUCACUGCUCAUUUGCAAACAUUUUCAAGGGUCUUGCUCACAUGAAUCUUCUAGAAUGAACUGAAAGACAUUGUGGCCUUUUACUUAGUUUAAUAAUCUUUGCUUUUGAUGGGGGAAAACUGUCUUCUAAUACUUUCAUGUUGGUAAAUGAAGAGUUUCCAAAGUGUUCUUUCAGGGUUGUUAUUGUCUUACUUGUAUAUGUUAGCUUUAAUCACUGAAUCAGAAGAGAAAUCCAGCUGACAAAAAAAAUAAAGAUGUAGAAAAACGG